UUUUCCACCCAGCAGGAUGGGUGAUGCUAAAUGCUCCCUCAUUAGACAACAGACACGAGAGGUCAGGAAGAAACCGCUUAUAAAUUACCGUUUCCUCCCUCGCAGCCCGGCUAGUUGGACUGCGACGCGGAGCAGGACGCACGCUCCAGGCUCCCAGCGCUCGCAGACGCCGGUUCCUUGACAAAAGCAGCGGCGGCAGCAGCAGCGGCAGCGGCGGCACCAGUCACGGCAGCGGCGGCGGCAGGUAGCAUUGUCGCGGCUGCUGGAACCGGGGCGCGGGGAGGACGAGCCGAGAGAAGGAAGAAAAAGAAAAUAUUCAUUCUGAAGAGACUUCUAAAUAAGUCAAAAGAAUGGCAACUAAGGAAAAGCUUCAGUGUUUGAAAGAUUUUCACAAGGACAUCUUAAAACCUUCCCCUGGCAAGAGUCCAGGAACCCGGCCUGAGGACGAGGCUGAAGGGAAGCAACCACAGAGGGAAAAGUGGUCAAGCAAGAUUGACUUUCUGCUGUCCGUGGCAGGUGGUUUUAUCGGCUUAGGUAACGUCUGGCGUUUCCCAUAUCUCUGCUAUAAAAAUGGCGGAGGUGCAUUUCUUGUACCUUACUUCAUUUUCUUGUUUGGAGGUGGCUUGCCUGUAUUUUUCCUGGAGGUUGUUAUAGGCCAGUAUACCUCUGAAGGUGGAAUUACUUGCUGGGAGAAGAUCUGCCCUCUUUUUAGUGGAAUCGGUUAUGCUUCCAUUGUGAUUGUGUCCCUCCUGAACGUGUAUUACAUCGUCAUCCUGGCAUGGGCGAUCUACUACUUGUUUCAGUCAUUUCAAAAAGAGCUCCCCUGGUCCCUCUGCCAUCAGAGCUGGAACACCCCGAAUUGCUUGGAAGACAUCCUGAGAAAGAACAAGACACUUUUGGGCGAGAAUUAUGCAAACUACACAUCACCUGUCACCGAGUUUUGGGAGCGAAACGUAUUGAGCCUGUCCAAGGGAAUUGAUGAUGUUGGUGCUCUGAAGUGGGACCUAUCCCUCUGCCUCCUCUUGGUCUGGAUAAUUUGUUUCUUCUGCAUUUGGAAAGGAAUCAAGUCAACUGGGAAAGUUGUAUACUUCACAGCCACAUUCCCCUUCGUCAUGCUUUUCGUGCUGUUGUUACGUGGAAUCACCCUUCCUGGAGCUGCCUCUGGCAUCAAGUUUUAUCUGUAUCCCGAUGCCUCCCGUUUGAUAGAUCCACAGGUCUGGAUUGAUGCCGGGACCCAAAUCUUCUUUUCCUAUGCUAUCUGCUUGGGGGCAAUGGUCUCGCUGGGAAGCUAUAACAACUACAAAUACAACUGCUACAGGGACUGUAUGCUGCUGGGAUGCCUGAACAGUGGUACCAGUUUUGUGUCUGGCUUCGCAAUUUUUUCCGUCCUGGGCUUCAUGGCACACGAGCAAGGGGUGGACAUUGCAGAUGUGGCCGAGUCAGGUCCAGGCUUGGCCUUCAUCGCCUACCCGAAAGCUGUGUCAUUGAUGCCGCUGCCCACGUUUUGGGCCAUUCUUUUUUUUAUUAUGCUUCUGUUGCUUGGACUGGAUAGCCAGUUUGUUGAAGUUGAAGGACUGAUCACAUCAUUGGUUGAUCUGUACCCAUCCUUCCUAAGGAAGGGUUACCGACGGGAAAUCUUCAUUGGUUUAGUGUGUAUCCUUAGCUACUUUCUGGGCCUUACUAUGGUGACUGAAGGUGGCAUGUAUGUGUUUCAACUCUUUGACUACUAUGCAGCUAGCGGUGUAUGCCUCUUGUGGGUUGCAUUCUUUGAAUGUAUUGCUGUUGCCUGGAUAUUUGGCGCUGAUCGUCUUUAUGAUCGCAUUGAGGAGAUGAUUGGAUAUAGACCUAACCCCUGGAUGAAAUGGAGCUGGUGUGCCAUCACACCAAUUCUUUGCACCGGAUGCUUCAUCUUCUCUCUGGCUGAACAUACACCACUGACCUACAACAAGGAGUACGUCUACCCCAGCUGGGCCAUAGGCCUGGGCUGGGUCUUGGCCCUCUCUUCCAUGUUAUGCAUCCCCUUAGUGAUGGUCAUCCGGAUUGCCCAGUCACGUGGAACACUCAUUGAGAGGAUAAAGCUAGCAACUGUUCCCAAGCCUGAACAUCGGUGGCAGCAUGAGCCUGAGGGGUCCACACCAUUCUGUUCCAGGGACAACUCAAAUGGCAACCUCAUGAAACCCACCCAUAUCAUUGUGGAGACCAUGAUGUGAGCUCUCUCUGUGAGAGGAGAAACCUGCUUUAACUGCCGUUUACUAACCUUAGAUUCUCAUAGUACCAGGUUUACAGAGCUUUAUAUUUGCACUAGGAUUGGAUUUUUUUUUUUGUUUUUUUUUCUUGUUUGUUUUUUCAUUCUCACAGAGAAAGUUAUUUUUCAUGUGUGCGCACGUGUGUGUGUUGUAUUUUUUUUAAAGACUUUUAUAAGGUAACCACAUGCAGACGUCUCAAAGGAGACUGAGCUUUCAUAUCAAAUUAGAUGUAUUACAGGAAUUUAUUAAUUUUUUUUAUAACCAGCUAUGAUUAUACACCUUUACCACUUGAAUCGAUCUUCUUGCCAGCAAUAUAUUCAGUUUCUAAAGCAAUCUCCAGGUGCUGGUGUGGUUAGGUCUUGCACAGGAGCUCUAGGGUAAUCUUUGUCCCAAAGAGCAAAAAGAAAUGCCAUUCUGAACAUUUCAAAGGUGUAGUACCUUCUGAAUGUGGUUCAGGCAAAAACAAAAUGGGCAGGUGGAGAGGACCUGGUAAGCCAGUUGACUGUUGGCCAUUGUUGACCAAGGUCACAUUGCCCAGGGCUGCAUCAGAAGGAUGAAGGAAGCAGGGAGGUGAAGCCAUUAAAAAGUUGGAUGUUGGAGCUUCAUUAUCCUUGUAUUUGUAGCUGAGGCGAGAGAGAUGCACACACACACGCAUACACACACACACACACAAGACUGAGAGUGAAACAAGAGACCUCCAACCCCCGCAAAAACAGCAAAAGAAAUGAACUUGUCUUGGAGUUUACAGCAGAAGUAGUGUCACUAAAGACUUUCUAAGAGUAGUAAGAGCCUCUGUUUCAGCAAAAUUUUUAAUAAAGUGGAAAAAAAAGAAUCAUAAUCUAGACUUUUGAAAAUUUUCGUUAAUAAAAAUAUAUAUAUUCUAUAGUUUCAAAGAAUUGAAUUGAAUACAGUUAUUAUGAUUUAAAAUUAGAACUCAUUAAAGACAUUUGUAGACCUCUAAUAUUUAUUAUAACUCAUCAGUGGCAAAGAUUAUCCCUCUAGUUUUGUUUUGCAAGCCAUUUUGCUAGAUCAGCUCCUCAUUCCAUCCCGAUGGAGUUGGGCUCCCCAGUCUUCCUGGCAGGGCUAGGGGAUAAAGGAUGGCAAGCUACAGGCACUGAGACCCACCAAGGUGGGUUUUUUAUGGUAACUGUCAGGCUGACCCAUUUAUAAUUUUGGGGUCAUUCUAGAAUUGCUUAUCCAUAUUCGGCCUUGAUCUUCAAAUAAUUGAUUUUCCUCCAGUGUGCUCAGGUUUCAGGAAGCCCUAAGGAAAAGGAGGGGGUGGUCUCUGUUGAAUCACAGGGGACUACCUCUAUUCUUGAAGGGUUUUGUUUCAGCUACAGGGUCCAUAUCUGCUUCCAUACCAUCACAUUUUUGUUGUUGUUAUUGUUUUUUAAUUUGUUUUUACAUUUUUUUUUAAAUGGAAACAUACCUGGUUCUUGACAUUCCUAAAAAAUCAUGAAUCCCUAACCCACCAUUAAGGUGUGACUUUUUUUAAACCAACCCAUGCAUUUGAUGAGUCACAUGGCUACAGGGAUGAAGGAGGAGAGUGUAAGUGGACCAAAGGAAGUGUGAUGUGCAUUUGGGACCUGCCUUGGAUUGGGGGGUUUUGAGUGGGACUUUGGGGAUGUGGCAGUCACUACAAAUCCAGUGUACUGUUACUCUUUCUGACAUUUCCCAGACUUCUCUCAUCAACUCCUCUUUCCAUCUCCAAGUAUUUGUUUAAAAGAUAUGGAAAUAGAAGCCUUCCAGCAAAGUCUGUAACUAAGUCUUUUUGGAGUUAGGAGGAGGGAAAGGUAGCCAGCAGUCAGUGAGACACUCUGGCGAAUCCCUUCCCUACCUCCUGGCUUAUUUGAAUUGUCCGUUGGACAUCCAUCCAGAUUUAGUCACAGCCAAACGGGGAAACAGCAGCAUGUUGCAACUCGGUCUUCUCAACAGCCACUGCUAAGAUAAGCAGCCUCCUGGUUCACCUGCCCACCCAAGGCUCAAAGAAAAGGGAUUUCCACAUCAUCCAGGGGGUAACCAUGGUCCAUUUCAUAGCGACGGGAUAGGACUUGGGCAGGCAUCCAGCUUUAGGUAGAUUCCAGAGUAGCAAAACGCUAAUUUUUAUGUUGCUAGAUGUGUCGUUUAGACAUACACUACAUAGCAAGAGACAGUGGAUGGAAGUGGGAGAGGGGGAAGGGAAGAACUGAGGGAUGGGAGAAUUUAAAAAAAAGUUUAUAUAUUAAUAUUGUCGGUGGGGGUAAUACCCCCAAGACAAUAUUUCCCCAACCCCCUACAGGGUGAAUAAUCAUGUUCCACUAUGAACCAGAGAAGAUGGUACUACACCUUUAAAAUCACCAUUUUAAGGAGACACCAGCCCCAUUUCUAACUUGAACUGUGCCAUUCAAAUCAUUUGCUUCCAAGUUCAGAGUAUAUUACCAAAAAAUAAAAAAGUUUCUAAAGUGUCACACACAUAUGCAAUGACCUCAUUGUAUGAAGUGAAGUGUAUGAAAUGAAGUGUUUUUGUUUUUGUUUCUGUUUUUCCUGGGAUAAGGUACUCUGGCCCUGGUAGUAGGAUUCAGCCUAGCUUAGAGAUAAGGCUGGAUUCUCAGAAAGCAGGAUCUCAUUAAGCAAGCCUGCCCUCCAUCCUUGACUCCAGACACAGAGAGGUGUUUGCGACAUGUCCUGUUGGAGGGGUGCUCGAGGUGGGAGGGCAGUGCUUCUCAAAUACUUCUAUCUGUUCUAAAUGUCACCCGUUAAAAAAAAAAAAUCACCACCACCACCACCACCCCAAUGAUAUUCUGCCAAAUGUAACUUAUAAUCCAAACUCUUUAACAAUUCUGCUAUGUUUAUAUUUUUCUAGGUAUUUAUGAUUGUAAAUGUGUCUUCCCCCACCCCGACCCUGGUUUUCUUUGUAGAAAUGUGACCUAUUUGUUGUAUGGAACUUUAGUGAACUAACCAUUCAUCAUGAUUGGGGAUGGGUGAAUCACCUACAAAAGUGGCCCUUUCUGCUAUCCCCCUUUUAACCCCAAAGCUGGCAAGCUACUGCUUUUGAUCAUCCUGGUCAGAAAGUAGAAAUAUGGGGUGAAAAACGGUAGUGUUCUGAGUCCUUCCUAAAUUCGCACAUUCUACAACUGGCUUGAGGAAGUUCUCAUCUUUCAAGAUCCUCAGGCCAGUCAUUUUUCUAGACCAAAGAUUUCUAGACAAAGCUCUCAGCCGGCAACUGGAAGGUUGGCUACUCCAGCUGAUGACAUUUUCAGAAACCUUGGUGUUUCACCCAUCAUCAAACAUGAUCUCCCUUAUGACAAUUCUGUCUGUAUAGACUCCAUGAAUAGUAUGUGUAAUAAUGGUCAGCUUUUAUAUAUUCAUUUUAUCUACAGAAGUCAAACUUUUAAUUAGCAUUUUAAUGAGUCUGGUCCAAUUCUGUCCAAGUACAUGAGAUGUCGGCCCUCUGGAUAGCGAGGGGCUCAGUUGCGAUUGAAACACCAUUUUUCAUGGUUUUUCAAGCCAAAGGAAUGCACUGUCUUCACCAUUUUUCCUCCCUAGGGAGAUGCCCCAGAUUGUGAGAUCUUAAAGAAUAGGAAGAAAAUAAUUGGUGGAGCAAAAAAAAGAGAGAAAAGAAAAAUCUUUGGAAUCAAAGGACAGGCCCUGGGAUAAACCUUAACUGGAAUGAACUUGAUCAAAUGAAUGAGUAGCUUUUUCUUCUGAGAGAAUCCAAAGAUCAUAGAAUGUCAGAGCUGGAAGGGACUUUGAAAAUGAUCUAGUCCAAGCCUUUUUUCUACAGAUGAGACACUUGAGGUUCAGAGAUGAGGAAUAACUUAUCCAAUAUCCUACAUCGUUAGUGCUAGACCCAGAUCUAGAACUUAGGUCUCAUGUCUCCUAUUUACUAAUCCAGGUUUUUGUUUUUCCUCUUCCCCCACCACUCUACCUCUGACCCCAUGGUAAUGAUGCUUGGUACUGAUCUGAAGUUUCUCUGGAACAGUACAACUCUAUCUCAUUACCUUCUUAUCUGCUACCACCAAAUAUUAUUCAAAAUUGGAUUAAGAUAAAUGGAAAUCUUGGAAAGGCUCUUUAAGAACAUAAAACAUGAGAGAUGAAAAUGUUCCCCCUAUAAUCAUAUAGAGAAUUUUAGAACUGAAAGAACCUUUUAGGUCUUGGAAUGUAAGAGCUAGAUGGGAUCUCAGAGAACGUUUUUAUAGAAGAGAUUUAUAAAGGAGGAAGGGACUCAUUUAAGGUUUCCCAAGUUUCAGGCAGAGCUCAGACUUUAAUAAUUAUUAGUGUUCCUAUUAGAAGAAUUUGGGGAGAAAUAGAUGGUUCAAGGAGUAAAGCACUGACCCUGAAGUCAGGAGGCUCUGAGUUCAAAUGUGGCCCAGAUACUUAACACUUACUAGCUAUGUGACUGAGCAAGUCAUCCCCAAUUGCUUUGCCAAAAAAAAAAAAAAAGAAGAAGAAGAAGAAGUUAUACCCCUCUAGAUGAGGUAAAGAUGGUAAAGUUCUAUCCAGCUCACAGAACAGACUUCUUAUCUACCAAAUCUGUCAAGAUGGGAGUUGAAUUAAGGGGGCUUUUUCUCAAUUUGUGGAAAGGAGAAUUCUACAUAGCAAACAAGAAAAGGCGUUUACUUCUGGCACUUCCUCAGACUGAGAAGCCUGGCAAAGUCUAGAUGGUAGUCUAGUGUAUCCGUUAGGACAGGUAAGCUUUCAAGAACUGCCGGUAGAUUCUGAUCUACUGUUGGGGAUCUCUUCUGAUCCUUUAGGAUCCCUCCAGCUUGGCAAGUAUUGUGAUUCUGUGAUUGGCCAGGUGGACUUCUCUUUGAAGCUGAGAUUUAUUCACUUUCUACCCUCUGGAGGCUCAUUCACUUCCACAAUCCUGCCAGUCAUUGUAACUAAAGCGCCCAAGCAAUUAAUCAGCUUUUGAAGAAAUUGGAAUAAGCAAUAUAUUUAAGGUCUAAAUAACAGCCCCAGUGACGAGGAAAAUGUGAGUGCUUAAAAAAGCCUGAGAAACAUUUGAAGAAAAGGGUAACAUUUGAGGGUAAUGACUGAAAAGUCCCCCUUAGCCUUUCCUGUUUAUUUGUUUUGAUAUGAGGUGCUGAAUAUAAUCUACACAGCUCCAUAUGUGUGGAACUGUCCAUAGUUCAAGGCCACUGCCCAUAAAAAAUAGCUAUACAACUGCCAGAUUUCUCCACAAACUCUAGGAUCACUUCUCUGAUGCUCCAUAUGGCUUUGUUUGAUGGGACCUCUUUGAAUUUUCUUUAACCCUUCUUGAACUUUGCUCCUUCUUCCUUCCAUUGGAUUCCAGUCCCAGGCUCCCCAUCUUGUCCCAUGGUCUCCCUACCUCUAGGGAUCUCAUUGCCUUCAACUCUACCAAGUCACUUCUCCCACUUAAGGCAACAAAUCUAAAUUGAUAAACUGUAUUGCUCUGAGUAUUCUCUUCAGUGCUAGGGGGCCCUAUGCCCACCACCUUUGCCUUCAGGGCUCCCCUUUUUCUCCCCGUGUUUUUAAGAUGUCAUGGACCCAUUAAUGGUCAUGAAAGACAGAAUGGGGAUAAAGAAGCAAAGCUUUUGAAACAGCCCCCAAAUAGCAUCUCCAGGUGUACUUUCAAUUGUGAGGGAGGGAAGGUCCACCUAUUAAGACCUAAAAUAUCUUCCCCACUGGACAUUCAUCAUUCAGCAAGGAUCAGACUCAGGACAGAGAAGCCUCCCCUACCCCCUACUCCCAAGUGGGGACCCAAGGCACAAAGCAAGCAUGAAACUGAACUGACAUAGAUCUCUUUUAGCAUGUGACCAGAUUUUAGGAAAUCUCAGUUUUGGAAUCAGAUUCUGUGUGGGUGUUGUAAAUAAUUUUGCGUCUGACAAAAAGUAAAAUAAAAACAGAAGGAAAAAAUGAAUUAAAAUAUACUCAAAUCUUGGAGGAUUUGGGGGCCAAUCAGACACAGAGAACUGAGGACUCUGAGGGCAGAAAACCACAAGAAAUACAGAAGGUGACCUUCCUGGGUACUGGAGGCAUCCAGGCCAAAUUCUCCCUGGAAAGCCUUUUUCAGUAGGAAGCUGUUCUUCAUUGUGGCAUUGUGAAUGUUACUACCGAUGCUUUCCAGAGUUUUGCUACAUCAGAUGUGACAUCUCGUCUGUGCAUUUGGCUUUUUAAAAAUGUGGGUUCCUUUAAAAAAAAAAUCAUAGCAACUGUGACUAUAUGAUUAGCACAUUAGAAAGUGGGGAUCUUCCUAUUUCCUCCUUUCAAACACAAAUCUGUCUGGAUAAUCUGAACUUUUUUAAAACUUUAAAGAUAUUUUUAAGACAUUUUCAGCUUUUUUUAAAUUAAAAAAAUCCACAAGAGACUGUUCCGAAAAGGAAUAUUUGUAUUUGAACAAGAUUUUUGGCAUGUAAUUCAGUCUUGCAGUAUACAAGCUUUGUGUAUAAAUGUUUGAUGAUAUGAAUCUCUGUUUGUACUUGGCAGGUUUUUUUUUUUCUGUUUUGCUUUUUAGAUAAUAUGUAUAUCGAUAUUUUUAAGUCAUCUUUGCUUUUCUUUUUUUUUAGAGAAGUUUGUAAUCACCUUAUAACAGAUAAAAAUAAACCUUUCCUUUAUAAAUCCAA